UUUGUUUACUUCACACCUGAAUUAACAAUCCUAUUGUUUAAUACCUCCAAGAACCAUAUUCCUAUAAAAAUAAAAUAAAAUAAAAUAAUACAUGGUUAAAAGAACAGAACAGUCGCAAAAAAGAAAAAAAUUGUGGUAACUGUAUAGAGUGUUUUGCCUGUUUGGUCGCAAUCUGAUAAUUUGCAGCUUCAGCGCUUCUUCUGAUCUUCUCCUUCCUUAUCUAGGGUUUUUGAAAUCAAUGGCUUCCUCUCCUCAUUUUGAUGAUCAAGACUUCGAUUUUGAAGGCGGAUUUUCCGGAACGCGUUCUGGUGAGAAGAGGCCCUCUCCCGAUUAUGACGACGAAUAUUACGAUAAUGACCCUUUCGCACCCAAGAAGGCAAAAUCAAAGGCUGAAGAAGCUGCUUCUGGUGUAACCACUGGAAUGAUAUUGUCUCUUCGUGAGAGUCUUCAAAACUGUAAGGAUACCCUUGCCACAUGCCAAAAUGAACUUGAGGCUGCAAAAUCUGAGAUUCAGAAGUGGCGCACAGCAUUUCAGAAUGAACCCUUCAUACCUUCUGGGACCACUCCAGCACCCAAAUUGGUGAUUAACUAUCUUCAAGCCCUAAAAUCUUCUGAGGAGUCUUCAAAAGAGCAGCUUGAAAAAGCAAAGAAAAAGGAAGGUGCAUUCUUUGUUACUUUUGCAAAACGAGAACAAGAAAUAGCAGAGUUGAAGUCUGCUGUGCGGGAUCUGAAAGCUCAACUCAAGCCAGCAACAAUGCAGGCAAGAAGGCUGUUACUAGAUCCAGCUGUCCAUGAAGAGUUUACUCGUUUGAAGAAUUUAGUCGAGGAGAAGGACAAAAAAGUGAAAGAGUUGCAAGAUAACAUUGCCGCAAUCAAUUUCACUCCCCAGAGCAAGAUGGGAAAGAUGCUUAUGGCUAAAUGCAAAACUUUGCAGGAGGAAAAUGAGGAGAUUGGGAACCAAGCGACUGACGCAAAGAUACAAGAGUUAGCAAUGAAACUAUCAUUGCAGAAAUACCAGAAUGCCGAACUGAGAAGUCAAUUCGAAGGGCUGCAGACACAUAUGGACGGACUGACAAACGACGUUGAAAGAUCCAAUGAAAUGGUUUUGAUGUUGCAAGAGAAAUUAGAAGAGAAGGAUGAAGAGAUCCAACGGCUGAAAGAUGAAUUGCAAGAGAAAGGCUUCAUGGAUGAAGGGACAACAGAAGCAGCAUCUAAGAGAAAUGACAUUUAUGCAAUGCCCAAGGAAAAUGCUGAUUAAUGUGCCACGUUAGCUUAAGACGAAAAGUUUUUGUGGGAACGGUUUCUUAAGAAUUCAGUUUAUGUCGAAUUGAAUUUAUCAAUUUGCAAAGCAAAAGUGAUUUUGGUGCUGCAACGUGUAGCAUUAGAAUCCUCGUUGAUUCUGUCAUUAGUUUGUGGUGUUAUCCUUAUUUAAAUAAAGUUUUAAUUUUAAAUUUCGUUUUGCAUAUAACAAGUGUUUGAUUCAGCACUUCAUUUUAAGUAACAGUUCUAUUUUUACAACAGAAAAUAACAUUAUUUUA